UUAAAAUCUUACCAAAACCAAGACUAAAUUAAAACUUUCCUCCGUCGUUGCGUAGCAAAAGAGAAAGGGAAGAGACUGCCCGCCGGCCGGCCGCCCGCCCCCUCCAUCCUUCCUUGCUUGCAUCUAUCUUCCGUUCCGCCGGCCGCCGCCUCCGCCUCUGCGUGAUUUGACUAGAAGAGAAGAAAAGAUGCUGCCUUGGCUCUUCAGCCGCAAGGGCGCCUCGGGCUUCUCCUGGGCAUCCACCGCCGACCAGGUCACCGCCGGCGUCUCCGCAGCCGGCCUCACCGCAAUAGUCACCGGUGCGUCGAGCGGGAUCGGCGCGGAGACGGCGCGGGUGCUGGCGGCGCGCGGGGCCCACGUCGUCAUGGCCGCCAGGAACCUCGCCGCCGCAGAGGACGUGCGGCAGGCCGUCCUCGCCGAGACCCCCGCGGCGAGCAUGGAGGUGAUGGAGCUGGACCUCUCCUCCCUGGCCUCCGUCCGCAAGUUCGCCGACGACUUCGCCGCCAGGGGACUCCCGCUCAACAUCCUCAUCAACAACGCAGGGGUAAUGGCGACCCCUUUCUCCCUCUCAAAGGAUGGCAUCGAGAUGCAGUUUGCAACUAACCAUGUCGGGCAUUUUCUGUUGACACAUCUUCUGCUGGAGACCAUGAAGAAGACCUCUCGUGAAUCAAACGUGGAAGGAAGAAUUGUUAAUGUUUCGUCAGAGGGGCACAGGUUUGCAUACAAGGAAGGCAUCCGUUUCGCCAAGCUAAAUGACGAGGAAGAGUAUAGCACCAUUGCAGCAUACGGGCAGUCAAAGCUUGCCAACAUUUUACACGCUAAUGAACUUGCCAGGAGAUUUAAGGAAGAGGGUGUUAACAUCACUGCGAACUCUCUGCAUCCUGGAUCUAUCAUCACGAACCUUCUUCGCCACCACAGCAUCAUAGAUGUCAUGAGCCGGACGCUUGGUAGACUGGUGCUGAAGAACGUCCAGCAGGGGGCUGCGACGCAGUGCUACGUGGCGCUGCACCCGGGCGCGAAGGGGGUGUCGGGGAAGUACUGGAGCGACAGCAACCUGUACGAGCCGAGCGACAAGGCCAAGGACGCGGAGCUGGGGAAGAAGCUGUGGGACUACACCCUCGACCUCGUCGUGGCCUGAAGAAUGCCUGACCUGGUUUGGUUUGGUUUGGUUGAUUGGGAGAGAUGAGAUGAAAGAUAUGGGAGGAAGUCGAUACGGUAUAAUGGACAGUAAUGUAAUACUGUAUAUACAACAAACAGCUGAGUCUGCGUGUCUGGUAAAAGUAAAACAGACAAAUAGGGAGAGAAUUUGAUCCAUGUGUCUGAAUUCCGUCAUGUGCAGAUGCAACAAGAGAAUUUUUGUUGGUGCA